GGAGAAACAUUUGGAGAUGAAAUAGAGAACAUGCAGAACAUGUUCACUGCAAAGAACAGAACUCGAGAAGCUUGUAAGGGUUCUCCCCUGUGACAUCCUCAUCAGCACGGCAACCAAACAGCUCUUGAGUGGCAGACGUCAGGACCAUGGGGAUGAUGUCCUCAGGGUGAUCUUGAGGAGGGUUCAGUCACACUUGAUACGAUAUGCAGGAGUCAAAUGACUUGUAUGAUGUGCAUGAGACGGACUCUCACUCUGCAUGGGCCAAUCAUCAGCAUCAAUCCAUUGAAGACGUGGACAAUGUGGAGAGUCUCAGAAGGAGAAUCAAAUAUUACUUCAUGAACCCCUGUGAAAAGUAUCACGCUCGUGGGAGAAAGCCAUGGAAACUUAUACUGCAGAUCAUCAAAAUAGCCAUCAUCACUGUUCAGUUGGUGUCGUUUGGUCUGAGCAACCAAAUGGUUGUGACUUUUAAGGAAGAAAACCUGAUGACAUUCCAGCAUCUCUUCUUAAAGGAUUUUGCAGAUGGGAGUGUUGAUACAUAUGCCGUUUACAGACAAGCAGAUGUUUAUGAUCACAUCAAUUACAUCAUUGAACAGUACGGACGUCUGCAUAACACCACGGUAGGAAACCAUGAAUAUGAGAAAAGUGGCUCUGUUCACACACCCCUCUCGGUGUGUCAGGAGUUCUACAGGAAUGGCACCAUCUAUCCUGGCAAAGACACCUUUGAAAUUGAUGCACAUGUGGAAACUGAUUGCAUUGACAUUUAUCCAAUGAAUUGGUCGUCAUCCAAAGACGCGCUUCCACAUUUUGAGUUGCACUUCAAAAGAAUGCUCUCUGUCAAGAUCACCUUCGUUCUCAAAGCCAUCAAUUUACAGACAGUCAGGCACCGAGAGCUGCCAGACUGCUACGACUUCAACAUCAUUAUCACUUUCAACAACCAAGCGCACAGUGGCAGGAUAAAAGUGGACCUGGAAAAUGACGUAGAGAUCAAUGAAUGCAGAGACUGGAAAGUAACAGGAGCUACUGCUAAAAGCAUAUACCUGACGCUGCUGUUUGACUGCCUCAUCAUCGUAACAUGCAUCACCUCCUCUGCUCUCUGUAUGCGCUCUGUGUUCAAUGGGAUACAGCUGCAGCUUAAGUACACACAUUACUCCAGGAACCAUACUGGUAAAGAUGUCCCCUGGUCUGACAGACUGGAGUUUAUCAAUGGCUGGUACAUCCUCAUUAUUGCCAGUGACUUGUUAACCAUCACUGGCUCUGUUCUCAAGAUUGAUAUUGAGACUAAGGUACUGACAAGCUACGAUGUAUGCAGCAUAUUCCUCGGUACGGGCACCAUGUUUGUUUGGAUCGGGGUCAUCCGCUACAUGGGCUACUUUCGCAAGUACAAUAUUCUCAUCUUGACUCUCAGGGCAGCUUUCCCGAAUGUUAUCCGUUUCAUCUGCUGCGCUGGAAUAAUCUACCUGAGUUACUGCUUUUGUGGCUGGAUUGUCCUUGGCCCGUAUCACGAGAAGUUCCGGACCUUGAACACAGUGUCUGAGUGUCUCUUCUCCUUGAUCAAUGGAGAUGACAUGUUCCCCACCUUUAAGAACAUGAAGCGGAAGAGCAACCUGAUUUGGAUUUUUAGCAGAGUCUACCUCUACACUUUUGUCUCCCUUUUCAUCUACAUGAUCCUCAGCCUGUUCAUCACAAUUAUCACCAACACCUAUGACACCAUCAAGCAACAGCAGCAAAGUGGGAUCCCGACAUCAGAACUCCAACGUUUCCUAUCAGAGUGUAAAGAUCUCCCAAACUCAGGAGCUUACAGGCUUGACAAGAAUAGCUGCUUCUUGCACAGCUGCAUGAACAAGUGCAGGGAACACCACGAGAGGUUGACUUCAGAGACAUAGUGUGUCCAGGUGGUUGGAAUAUUUGACUAAAUCAGUGGUUCUCAAUUAUUUUCGGUCAUGCCCCCGCUGGGGGACAGAAAUGUUUUCAGCCCCCCCCCAAUUUAAAAUACUAUUGAGAAACUGUUCAGGUUGUCUUAGAAGACGUUUUGCCUCUCAUCCAAGCAGGCUUCAUCAGUCUUCCAAUCGACUGAAUGCCCUGAGAAUGAUAAUAUCUAUUUAUUUAUCUGUACUGUACAGACUGAACUCGAAACUGAAACCAGCAAAAUGCAACAAAAUGGAGAGCAGUAAAGCAUACAAACAUUUUUUUUUUAAUUGGAAAAUAAGCAGGAGGGCCGAAAAAUCAGUAUAGAAUCUUUUGUCAAGUUUGAGAAACGAUUUUAUGUGAUUUUUGAUAUUUUCAUUGUACUGCAAAGAACUUGCCUUAUUGGUAUGUAAAAAAUGAUUCCACUCUAAAAUCUGAAAUGUGUGUUUUCCUACAGCAUGUUGUUUUAAAUGCAAUGUUUUGCACGUAAGGAAUUUAAUUAAGGUGGAAACAGUAGCAUGUAAUUAUUUUAUUUUCUGAUGGUUCUUCUGAGACAUAUUCAGUAAAAAAAUUCUAAAUAGGGUAUAUUUUUCUUUUACCACUUAGUUCCCUGAAAAGUCUUACUUUAAAGAAGAAAACCUCAAAUCAUUAUUAAUGGCAAUUAUGUGUGAAGUACAUCCUUAAAAAUUUCAGACAAAAAUAUUUCUGUGACUGACGGUGUUAAUGUGGUCCAAAGAUGUGGCCAAAUGAUUUGUAACUGUGGAAGCAGAGAACUUGUUAGAAGGCAUGGAUGUUCUUGGCUUAGGAAGUAUAUAAUCAAUGUAUCUUUUUUCAUUGUGGCCUUUUGAAUGGCAUAACAAUAAUAGAGAGGCACUACCAGAAGAUGCUGACAUUGUAGAGAAUCUGCCAGUUAGCUAAAGACGACCUUUCGGCGUGGAAGAUUUAUAUUGCUCACUACUGACACUCAUGAUGUUCUCCAUAUAAACUUACUGUGUUACUCCUUGAGGCAGUCUGCUCAGUUGAGGAAUGAGUGGGAUUAAAAAUCAUAAAAAAUAUUAAAAUGAAAAAGACAUUUGUAGUUCCAUUUUGUAUCCUAAAAUAAAAAAAUAGUCCAUCAGUCUGGUUUGGAUUGAGUGACGUCAGACGGUGGCAGCACCCGCUGUUCCUCCAUCCUGUUUGACUGAGAACGCAAAAUGAGACUAAAGAAGUCCUCAUCUGGGACAGUUGGUCCUCGUGUGGCCGAAGGUGGAGCAGCGCACCUUUGGUCAUUCAGUCGGGAACCCUUAAAUAACAAGGCAGGAGAGUUAGUUGGUUAUUGGUGGUGUAUUGUUAUUUUAAAAGUCUGCGUUAUAGAAGCUGUACUAGAACCACCACAGUUACCUUUACAGGUACAUCUCAAUAUGGAAUGUUCAUUUAUUUCAGCAGUUCAAUUUGAAAAGUGAAACUCCUAUAGAUUAAAAUUAACUACACAUAGAAAUAGAUUGUAUUAUUUUAUUUAUUAUUGUUAA